UAGUGAAAGAAAAGUGCAACAUUCAUUUGCGCUUUUUCUGUAAUCGGGUAUUUUUGUUUAGCAGGCAGUGUUUUUAAGUUGUGAGGUCUAAAAGGCAGGUACCAUGUGGAACAGUCACGGUGGAGGCUUUGAUGGUGGCUAUGGAGGAGGUAGUUACACUGAUUCUGGAACGGGUGGAGGUGGCUACAUGCAGUCACCUGGAGGAUUUGGAUCUCCAUCUGCUACACAAGGGGAAAGAAAAUCGCAGAGAUCUCGUUCACAACAGAUUGUGCCUUGCACAGUUUCUCAACUUCUUUCUGCUGCACAAGUUGAUGAGGUCUUCAAAAUCCGUGAAGUGGAGUUGUCACAGGUCACCAUAGUGGGAGUAGUAAGGCAUGCUGAAAAAGCACCCACAAACAUUCUGUACAAAGUGGAUGAUAUGACUGCAGCACCAAUGGAUGUCCGUCAGUGGGUGGAUACUGAUGAAGCUGGGAGUGAGAACGUUGUUGUUCCUCCAGGCAGUUAUGUUAAAGUGGCCGGUCACCUCAGGUCAUUUCAGAAUAAGAAGAGCCUAGUUGCAUUUAAGAUUAUGCCACUUGAGGACAUGAAUGAAUUCAUCUCUCACAUGCUGGAAGUGGUUCAUGCACACAUGCUUCUCAACAAAGUACAAACUAUGCCAGCAGGUGGAGGAGCUUCCCAUGGAUUGACCACACCAGUGCGUCCAGGAACAGCAGAUAUGGGAGGUGGAUAUACUGGAGCUAGUGACAUGUAUGUGAAUGGAUUGACCCCUCACCAGAGUCAGGUAUUAAACUUGAUUAAAAGCUGUCGUGCAGCAGAAGGCAUGAGCAUCCAAGAGCUAAAGAAUCGUCUUAAAGGAAUGAAUAUUAUGACAAUAAAGCAAGCCGUGGAAUUUCUAAGCAAUGAAGGACACAUCUAUUCCACAGUGGACGAAGACCAUUAUAGAUCCACAGAUGCAGAUUAAAACCUUUUUUUGGCAGUUGCCAAUCACUGCUUUUCAUGCAGCAGGAUAUAAUGUAUAGACCAUUUUGUGCAUUGUGGGGAUGAACAGACUAGAGUGUAAGCCUCCUUGAGUGCUCCCUUUGUGCCCAGAUUCCCUUCUUACAGGUUAUGGUCAAGUGUAGACUAGCCUAGUCUGUUCAUUAGCGAGCAAGAAUGAUACCAUUUUAAAGGUGGACAUUCAGCAAACUGGAAGUCUGUUGGACACAUGUAUUCUAAACAAUUAAGUUACGUAUGUUUAAAGUCCAGUCUUUCUGGUUACAACCUUGUAGUGAUGGUGUUUGCUUCUGUGUGCGAGUCUUCACUUUUCUUUUUUGGAUCCCUAGCUUCUGAUUACUGGGUGGGAUCAGCUGCUUGUUUUCCUCAUUCAUCUUCCUGUGUUUGUCGAGACAGAUCUCUCCUUUUUUCCAAGGGAGAGCUGCCUUUUGUAACAACUGUUCAUUUGGAGGGUCUGUGAGGAGUGGCGCUCGGUGUUAAGGGUGAAUAUCUGCUAUCUUUUGGCAGGCGUGCAGAAUGCUCACACGCUCUAAUCCCUGCUUUGAUCUCUUGGGCCCAUAGUGGGGGGGGGGGUUUGAGAUUUUUUUUUUUCUUUGUCUAGGUAACCACAUUGCAGUGCUUCCCCAGUAGAAGACUUAAAUGGCUAGGAUUGUUCCUUGAUUGUCGCAGAGAAUAUUGACAUGUCUUGGGACACAGCUAGUUACUCCAAAAACUAGAAGAGCUGUCUGGUAUGCUUCUAUUCCUAAACCAUCACCUGCUUUCUUCCUUAGAACCCCUCCAUUAUCCACCUUCAACCAGCCUGCAAACUGCAGUGAGGAUGGCUUGAUAUUAGUUAUCUUCAUAUUUUACAUCACAACAGCAAAAUACUGUUGCUGUAAGUGUAAGAUGAUCUUUUGGGGGGCAGCAUCACGAAAGUGGAUUGGUGUGUGUGUGUGUGUGUGUCAUUGAGUGUAUAAGUGAAAUGCACAUACACACAGGCUAGUACAGGACAGAAGCAAGGUUGUAAUCUUUCUCACAUUAAAUAAGUCAGAUACUUUAAGCUGUCUGCAGUUUGGAGCAUUUUGUCAAGCUAAUGUUAAGCUUAAAAGAAAUGUACCUGAAGUUAUUUUAUUAAAAAAUAAGCAAGAUAAUUGUCAGUUUUGUAGGGCUACUUAUUUUUGUAUUUAUGUAUAUUGUAACAUUUUUAAAUAAUAAAACGGUGACAAAAUGCCUUAA